AUUUUCGUCUUUUUAAGGCCUUAAAUGGGAUUUAAAAAACAUGUGCAGCUAUUUAAAUAUAUUCGCUUCUGAGUGACCAUGAUGAGGAAGGUUCCCACCCUGUACACGAGAAAUUGAAGGGAAAAGGGCAGGGAAGUGGCCAGAUGGGAAAUUUGAGUCUCUCGCAGGGAUAGCAUAUUACAGAUGUUGACAGAAAAGGAUGCUGGUCUUCACCACGCCAAGGAUCAGUGGGGUACAAAGAUCCCAAGUGACUCGAGGCCAGGACUGCCACUUGUUCCAAAGUAGAGAAGAAAAAACAUGUGCACUGCUAGCAUUGCAAGAUAGCAGUGGAAAUAAGUAGCACACUGAACAUUCAUUUUCAAUAACUCUACAAAAAAAGGACAUAAAUUAUAUUCCAGUUGAAAGGAUGAAGUUCCUGUCAACCUUUGUGACAUUUGAGAACCUCCAUGAGGUUCGGCGGUUGUGCCACUGGGGUCCAAUCAUAGCACUCUCUGUCAUUGCUAUAUGCUCAACCAUGGCAAUCCUGGACUCCAUUAUCUGGUACUGGCCUCUGGACACUACGGGAGGCAGCAUUAACUUCAUCAUGCUCAUCAACUGGACUGUACUCAUUCUCUACAACUACUUUAAUGCUAUGUUUGUUGGACCAGGAUACAUUCCUCUUGGCUGGAAACCUGAGAAUCAACACGAUACCCAGUACCUACAAUACUGCAGAGUGUGCCAAGGUUACAAAGCCCCCAGAUCCCACCACUGUCGAAAGUGUAACAGAUGUGUCAUGAAGAUGGACCACCACUGCCCGUGGAUCAACAACUGCUGCGGCCACUUUAACCAUGCUUACUUCACUAGCUUCCUGCUGCUGGCUCCGCUGGGAUGCUCACACGCUGCUAUUAUCUUCAUUAUGACCAUGUAUACACAGCUCUAUGAGAGGAUAUCAUUUGGUUGGAGUACUGUAAAGAUUGAUAUGAGUGCCGUGCGGCAGUUCCAGCCCCUCAUGCCCUUCAGUGUGCCUGCCUUUGCUGCCACACUCUUUGCCUUAGGUUUGGCAUUGGGCACCACAAUUGCUGUUGGAAUGCUUUUCUUCAUUCAAAUAAAAGUCAUCCUCCGUAAUAAAACCUCAAUCGAAUCCUGGAUUGAGGAAAAGGCCAAAGACAGGAUACAGCACUACCAAACAGGGGAGGAGUUUAUUUUCCCAUAUGACCUCGGCAGCCGCUGGCUGAAUUUCAAGCAAGUCUUUACAUGGUCAGGGACACCUAAAGAAGACGGCAUUCUAUGGCCGGUUCAUCCCAAGGGUCACCAGCACACCUUAACUAUAGAGCAGCUGAAACAGAAAGCUGACAAAAGAGUUAGAAGUCAGGUCCAGUACCAGGUAGUGGAAGAUUACAAUGGAGCCUGCUGUCCUCUCACCAAGGGGCUACAAACCUUUUUUAGAACCCCCUGCACUGAGGAGCCCAGGAUCCCCCUCAGUAAGGGGGACAUCAUCCUGGCCACCCGUGGCACCAAGUGGUGGAUGUAUGGAGACAAAGUUCUGAGUGAGGAGGAAAUGCGAGAUGGAGAUCGUGUGCGAGGAUGGUUUCCUAGAAGAUGCGUUGAGAAGUGCCAUUAUGACACAGCUGCCAAUCAUAGCACCAGUGAUAAGAAAGUAAAUUAAUGGUACUGAGGUUUUAUGAGGUGCAGGGGAGUUGAACUAAACAGAAUGUCCGUCUACUGAAGAUGUCUUGCCUCAGGCUGCAGACUCUGCUCAAGAAUUUCAUACUUUAUAUAAAUGUGUCACCAUGUUGUUGGCAUAUAUUGACUUUAUUUCAGAGGAUGCAUCAAAGUCUUUCUGUGCGCUUGUGGUUAAAUGUCUAAAAACAACAGUUUGUUUGAGGGUUUGGUUUUUCUCCUCUGACUGUAAUGAAAACCCAACAAGAGUCUUAAUUUUCAAGAAUUGCCAAAACACUUAUCCGUGACUUCAUUAUGAUUAUGUGAUAGUUUUUGGUAUUUUUUUGUUCUUACUUGAAUCUGUUAUUUUUACUUAUGUUUUUUUCUACUUAUGCAAUGCCUCUACCCAGCUAACCCCAGGGCUUCAUAAUGCAACUCUUUCUACAAUAUGGAGAUAACAAUUCAUCACUUUUUAUUUUUGUAAAAACCAAUUGUUUGCCUCAAAUUAUAAAUUGCAAAUUAAAAGAAAAAUCUUCCACA